AUGUGGCACGAAGCAAGAAAACAAGAGAAAAAAAUCCGUGGCCUAUUGGUUGACUAUCAAAGGCGAGCCCAGCGUCGAAAGGAUUAUUAUGAAAAAAUUAAAGCUGAUCCUACACAAUUUUUACAAUUGCACGGUCGUCAAUGUAAAAUACAUAUCGAUCCAAGCAUUGCAAUAGCUGCCAAUAGCCCUGCCACUAUGAUGCCCUGGCAAGGGAAUGAAGAAAUAAUGAUUGACCGGUUUGAUGCACGAGCUCAUCUAGAUUUUAUUAGAGAACCUAAGAAUGAUGAUGAAGAUGAGCAAAUGUCAUAUGAAGAACGUCAUUUAAACUAUGAACGUUAUCGUAUUCUUGUUCAAAAUGAGUUUUUAACAAUUUCUGAAAGUAAAUUUUUACACCAACUUUAUCUGGAAGAAAAAUUUGGCCCCGUAACUAAAUCAGAUGCAGAUGAUGCUAAAAAAAAGUCUACCGCUAAUGCUGCUAUUCCAUAUAAGUAUAGCGAUGAAGACACAAUUCAAACUGAUGAUUCCAGAAAGUAUUUAGAUAUAAAGCCUAAAACUGAGGGUUCAGAUGAAUCUGACGAAGAGAGUGAAGUUGAUUUUGAUUUAUCAAUUGAUGUUAGCAAAAUUGGUACUGACCAAGCAAAUGAGUUGAACUCUACUGCACAUGGUUUUGGCAUGACUACUAAUGAUUUUUACAGUUUUCUUAAUAAUGAUUUGGAAGAGGCUGAAAAUAUUCAAUUAGCUCGUUUAGCUGAAGAAGAAAAAGCUAUGUUUGCUGGCAGAAGAUCUAGAAGAGAACGUAGAGCUUUUCGAUUAAAAGCAUUAGAAGGCAAAGCAUUAAGUCCACUCAGUUAUGCAACAAGAAAAAGUCCUAGCUAUACUGAUUUUGAUCAACUAUCAUCAAUGAUGACUUCUCGUUCACCUACUCCUGAAAACUCAGGCCAAGUAACUUACAUAACUAGUUUUGGCGAUGAAGAACCUACGACAAAUGACAAAUCGAAAACAGGCACAAAAUCAAAAUCUUCAAAAAAUCAUUCAAGAAAAAAACGGUGUUCUCGUUCAAGAUCUCCUCGUCGAAAAUCUAGAUCAUUAUCUAAGGGUCAUAAUCGUCGGUAUAGAUCACGAAGUCGAAACAAAUCAGUGUCACCUAUCAGGAACAAUGUACAGUUACCAGCUGUUCAAAAACCACCGCCUGUUCAACGAUAUUAUGGUCGUAGAGGAAAUGAUUCAUCAUCAGAAUUAAGUAUUUCAGAUGAUGAUGACAAAGAUAAAAAUAAAAAUACAAAUAACAUUAAACCUCCAUUACCAGAUCUCAGUCUUUCUUCUUCCAGCAAAAAACAAGGCUCAAGUGACAGCAAACCAACUCCACAAGAAUUAAUGAAACGAAAAAUGAAAGUUUUGCUUAACAAACAAUAUAAAGCCGAUAAAAAAGCUCAAAGAGAACGAGAACUUAAAAUGGAAAGAGAGCAAAUGGAACGAGAAGAAGAAAUCAAAGAAUUGUCAUUAAAAAUGAGAAGAAAGAGACGGCAGUUACGUCAUCCUGAGAAUAGUUCUUCAUCAUCAAGAUCUAAAUCACGUUCAAAAUCUAAUAGUUCUAGUAGCUCAAGUUCAAGUUCAAACUAUUCCAGGUAUCGAAGUCGUAGACGUAGAUCUAGAUCAAGGAGUGGUGGACGUAGGUCUAGAUCAAGAAGUGGUGUUCGUCGAAGGUCUAAAAGUGGUGAUCGACGAAGAUCUAAAAGUGGCGAUCGACGUCGUCGGUCUAGAAGUGAUGAUCGACGUCGUCGGUCUAGAAGUGAUGAUAAAAGAAGGUCUAGACGGAGUGAAGAACGAGAUAGAUAUAGAAGAGAUGAUAGACGGGAUUACGAUCGCAGAGAUGAUUAUCGUUACCGUCGUAGCCCUGAAAGGAAAGAUAGAAGAGUAGACAGAAGAGACAGUCCAAUUAGAAAAGAAAUAAAACAAAGGGAGAGUCCCGCUAAAAAAGAAUUUAAACAGUAUAGGGAAAGUCCAGUUAGGAAGGAAAUUAAGCAAAGGGAAUUUCCUGAUCGUAGUAAAAGAGAAAAUAUAGAUCGCCCAGUUGUCAAAAUAACAUAUGAAGCAAGUCCAAAACGAUAUGUGUCAAAUACUAAAGUACAACCCAAUUUAAAGCCACUUGUAGAUUAUGAUUGAGUGCUGGAAGUGAAUUUAAGGUUUAUUUAUCAGGAUUAAAAGUAAUCAAUAACAUUAAAAUUCUUGUAAAAUAUUAAUUUUAAACAUUUUGUUAAGCAAGAAUAUCAAUUCUUUAUCUAACUAUGACUUAAUUUGUACCAAUGAUUUUAUUAUUUUAACUUUUUAAAUAAACUUUUUGAGUUUAUUCUUUUUAAAUUGUAUAAAAUUAUCAACCUCUAACGGUAUUAGCUUAAUACAAACAAAGAAAAGGUAUAUAAUUAAUAUAUUAUUGUCGACACGUGUAAUUUGAUACAAGUUAUAACCAUUGAUGAUGAUAACUGAUGAGUCGUUGUCAAGAGUGACCAAGCAAUAAUGAAAUAAUUGUUUAUUUAAUAUCACAUCAUAAUUCCAUAAAUGAAGAAAUUAAAUAAUAUAUAUUGUCUUAGCAUUGUCAAUGAUUGUGAUGCUCUUUGUCAGUGUGAUUAUGGAUGGGCAAACCAUUUAAACAACUAAAUUAAUCAUCAUUCAAAUAUUAUCACAUGGCUAAUUAUUGCAUUUUUAAUACAUAUUUAUUAUUAAA